AAUUAUUCCAUUAUAGGUGAGCUGCCCCUUUCUCUAGCAGCCUGCACAAACCAGCCUGACAUAGUCAGCUACUUAAUGGAGAAUGAGAAUCCAGCGGAAGCCAAGAUGGCAGACUCUCACGGCAACACAGUGCUGCACGCCCUGGUGUUGGUGGCCGAUAACUCGAAGGAGAACACAGAAUUCAUAACGGCCAUUUAUGAUCGCAUCCUAAAGAUCACUGCCCGACUGCAUCCCAAGAUAAAGCUGGAGGAGAAAGAGAACAACGACGGACUCACACCUCUCAAACUGGCUGCCAAGAAUGGCAAGAUUGGGGUAUUUUCUCACAUCCUCCAAAGGGAAUUCCAGGAGAAUCACUACAAGCACUUGUCCCGUAAAUUCACUGAGUGGGUUUACGGACCCGUCCACAGUUCUCUGUACGACCUGUCCUCUGUGGACACAAACGAGAACAACUCUGUUCUGGAAAUUCUGAUAUAUGGCAGUGAAAUUCCUAACCGCCACGAGAUGCUGGAGAAGGAGCCGCUCAGCUGCCUCCUGGAGGAUAAGUGGAAGAAGUAUGGAGGAGGAAUGUUUUUUUUCAACUUCCUGGUCUACCUUGUGUACCUGCUCAUCUUCACUACUGUAGCCUACAAUAAAAAAGAUGCUACACAGCUUCCAUUUAUCCCUGACGACGCCUGGGAUUACCUGUAUGUUUUUGGCCAGCUGCUGACUUUACUUGCAAACUGCUAUUUCUUUGUCAUUGGGAUUGUAGGCAUGACGAGGAAGCGGCCAAAGCUGCAGACACUGCUGAUUGAUGGAUAUUAUGAGAUUCUCUUCUUCUCUCAGGGCUUACUGUUCCUGGUGGCCACUGUUCUGUACUGGGCGGGGAGGCAGGAGUAUCUGGGCUUCCUGGUUAUCUGUCUGGCUCUCAGCUGGGUGAAUGUGCUCUACUACUCCAGGGGCCACAAACACAUGGGCAUCUACAGCAUCAUGAUACAGAUGAUGAUCGUCAGUGAUAUCCUGCGCUUCUUUUUUGUUUACAUCGUUUUCCUCUUGGGAUUUUCAGCAGCCUUGGUCACACUGCUUAUGGAACCUCAACUAAAAAACCAAACAAAAAUAGAGAAUCCAAGUCCUUCUGAUGCCUCCACAACUAAUAAUAAAUGUGUCACACCUCACUACCAAAACGUCUCUCAUACCAUCCUGCAGCUCUUCAAGUUCACCAUCGGCAUGGGCGACAUUGAGUUCAUCCAUACUCACCAGUACAUGGAGGUCUUCUACCUGCUCCUUAUCGGCUACAUCGUUCUUUCCUACAUCCUGCUGCUCAACUUGCUCAUAGCCUUAAUGAACAACACUGUGAAAAAGACCACUAUGGAGAGCGCUGGCAUUUGGGGGCUUCAGAGGGCUCUCACAAUCCUGGAAAUGGAGAAGAGGCUACCCUGCUGCCUGAAAAAGAGUUUUCGCUCUGGGGUGGAGAGGAAACUCGGCACCGCUUUUGGAGACGAUCGUCGAAGGUGUUUCAGGGUCGAGGAAAUGAACUGGAACAAAUGGAACACCGACCUGGUCAACAUCAGUGAGGAUCCAGGAUACUGUGAUCGGAGCCAGAGGACUGAUUUGGACAGCACUUCCAGAGGAUUUAGUAUAGGGAGAAGCUGGAGAGGCUUUUUCAUGGAGAGCACAAUGAGGAGGAGGAGAAUGUCUCAGUCCUCUUAGUUGAGCUCUCAUCCUGUAUGUCUGAGGAGGAGAAGAAGUUGUUAAACAUGGCUGCUCAGUUUGAAUGAUAUGAUCAACAAGUUUUCCCAACUCAAACAUAUUGCUGUGUAAAAGAGAAAAACCUGAACUGUUUCCCGAACUGACUUGGAAAUGUUUAUGAUGAACUUGGUUGUUGUAUUGACUACUUGAAAGCAAAACAAAAAAACAAACAAAAAAAAAAAACUUGAGUGAUCAAACAGAAAGCACGCAAUGAAAUAAUCACUUGAGGUGCCAUGGGUUUGUAGUUUACACAGCGCAAAAAAGGUUGAAAUUGCACUUGGUGUUUAUUUCAAGUUUAAACAAUAAGGUACAUGCCAUAGGAUUACUUGCUGCCUCUCCUGCUCCGACUCCUGCAUGACUGGCUGCCUCGCCCACUGGCUGACUGACAAAAAUCUAUUUUACCACCUGUGUGCAUAUGAAACUACCUGAACCCAACACAUUUAUACUACAAGACAAAGAUAAAUAAGUAUGCACACCAAACAAUUUAUUUUAUUUGUUCAAAGCAGUAUAUUGUUACUUAAGUAGUGACUAACUGCAUGCAAGGAGUGACAGCAGACGUGUUUAAUACUUGGAGGCUGAAAGACCAGGGCUGAUCACUAACAGGUUGCAGGUGUGAAGAGAGAAAGCAAGAAGGCAGGUGCUCUACAUGAGUGCACCAGUAGAUGAAACAGGAAGCCAGUUCAUCAUUAUCAUCACUGUUGCAUUGUUUUCUUCAUGCUUAUGCAUUUUAAAUAAGUAAGUCAAUUUUUGUCAUUUUGUGUCCACUAGAGAGCCUUUCUGCCAUCAACUGUCUGAAGUCUAACAAAAGCUGACCUGAUGAAUGCAUGACAGUCUUUAUGAAAUAAAAUGUCCCAUAUUCCUGUU